AUGCCUCCCCCCGUUAUAUCGCCCGUGCCUCGGCCAUCGUCCUCAUACUUGGGCAGCUGGUCCGACCUCGACGACAAUGCUCCUCCUACGCCUGGCCUACCUAACAACUUGAUAUCCCCUGCAUUCACUCCUCCCGCUACUCCCGGGGCUGGGACCCCAUCCCGCCAUCUUCAGUCUGAGCCCAGGUCCAUUCCCGUGGAUACUUCUCUCGACGACCCUUCGGCAAAACAACCCCGCCUCCUCGAGAGACUACCAAACGUAGAAUGCCUGGUUCGAGCGCGGAUACCGACCACCUCUGGAGCCGAGAUGUUUCUCCAUCUGUAUCAAAAUGACUCAGAUAACAAGGAGCACUUGGCGAUUGUCUUUGGCAACAACAUCCGCAGCCGCAGCUUGGAUGAUGAGAAGCCCGGAGAAACGGAGAUGGAUCGCAUGAUUCGUGGCGCUUAUGUUGGAAGAUUGAGGCCAGGUCGAACAAGUUCGAGAAUAGAUCCCACGGAACAGGGCAAGAGGCCCUUCAAUAAACGACACAGAAGCGGCUCCGCGUUGAAAAAUGUGAUAACGGUCCCAGAGGACGGCGUCCUCGAAACGGCACCUUCAGACGGUGCUGUUAAGGCCUCAAAUACUUCUCAAGAUGAACCAAACCCAGAUCAACCCCACCAUCCUAUCGCCAGCCUGGGUGAUGUCCUUGACAAGGUACAAAUGACUGGCCAAUCUUUCGGCAAACCACCUCUUGUUCGAAUCCAUUCCGAGUGCUACACAGGCGAGACAGCCUGGUCCGCCCGCUGCGACUGUGGAGAACAACUCGACGAGGCAGCCCGGUUGAUGUCCUUGCCUGGCUCUACGGGUGGUGUCAUAGUCUACCUUCGCCAAGAGGGACGAGGAAUCGGUCUGGCAUCCAAAUUAAAGGCGUAUAAUCUGCAGGACUUGGGUAAUGAUACUGUUGAAGCAAAUUUGUUGCUAAGACAUCCGGCCGAUGCGAGGACUUAUGGGCUCGCCACGGCGAUACUGCAAGAUCUCGGACUUGGCACCGAUAGUGAUGCGCAGAAACCAGAGGCAGAGCGGGGCAUCAGGCUUCUCACCAACAAUCCUGAUAAAGUACGAGCGGUUGAAGGGCCCGGAAAGGAGGUCCGAGUGAGAGAACGGGUGCCUAUGAUCCCUCUUGCGUGGAGAACGGCUGGCGCCAAGGGUGUCCGAGGUGCGGAAAUUGAGAAAUAUCUCGAGACCAAAAUCGGAAGAAUGGGACAUAUGAUUCACGAGGAGUCCUAG